AUGCCAAGUCGCGAUCAGAAUUCCCUUCUUACCCAACUAUCGCCCCAUGCCCUAACAAAACUUUUUCGGAGCCCUAAAUACGGUGCACGUCAAAAGCUUAUUAAAAUACACCAAGUUUCUCACCGCUUGACCCUUGAUGCGCGCAAAGAACGCGUGUCAGUGGACGCUCCUAAAAAUUCGACAGAUUCAACACGGGAACCCAAUUUUCAAGGCGGUCUCCUGGGGGUGGAUCGUAUAAGGUGA